AGAUGAAGUUUGUGAAUAGAAAAGCAGUAGGCUUCACAAGACUUCUCCAGCUGAGCAGAGCUGCUGCCCAAGCUAGUAAUUAACAUGGCAGAUCUCGUGCACUACAAACUCUUGCAAGAGAUGGCCCCUCGAGCAUGGUUUCUGAUGCUCCUCUUCCCCCUCUCCCUCUUCGUUUUGCACUACAUGUUAACAACCGCAAAGACAGGAAUUAGAAGGAACAAGAACAGCAACAGCGUCCCGGGUUCGCCGCCAGCGCUGCCCAUCAUCGGCCACCUGCACCUGAUGGGACCGCUCCCGCACGUCUCCCUCGGCAGCCUGGCCGGGAAAUACGGCCCGGACAUGAUGCUGCUCCGCCUCGGCGCCGUGAAGACGCUCGUAGUGUCGUCGCCGCGGGCAGCCGAGGCGGUGCUGCGAACGCACGACCAUGUCUUCGCGUCGCGGCCGCGCUCCGUGGUCGCCGACACCCUCAUGUAUGGCUCCUGCGAUAUCGCCUUUGCGCCGUACGGCGAGCAAUGGCGGCAGGGGAGGAAACUCUUCGCCGCCCACCUGUUGAGUGCCAAAAAGGUGCAGUCUUCCCGCGGUGCUGCCGCUGACCAGGUGAGGAUGGUUAUGUCCAAGAUCAUUGAGGCAACUACCACAGGCCAUACGGUGGACAUGAGCGAGCUGCUCUACACGUUCGUAAACGACAUGACAUGUCGUAUUGCCUCACGUAAGUUCUUCCAGAAAGAAGGACGGAGCAAGUUACUCCGGGACCUCAUCAAUGAUAGCUCACGGCUGCUAGGGGGGUUCAACGUGGAGGAAUACUUCCCAGCAUUCGCAAGGGCAGGCCUACUUAGAAGUGCAGUUGCCAAAGCAGAGAGAGUGAGGAAUCGAUGGGCUGAUCUGCUAGACAAGGUGAUAGAUGACCAUAUGAGCGAGGACAAGUCAACUUUUGAUCAGAAGGAUGGAGAUUUCGUGGACAUUUUAUUGUCCGUUCAACAAGAGUAUGAUCUCACAAGGGAACGCAUGAAAGCUCUCCUGACCGAUGUGUUUUUCGCGGCAACAGACACAUCGGCGCAUACCCUUGAUUGUACCAUGGUUGAGCUCAUAAGGAGGCCACAGCUAUUGAGAAAGCUGCAAGCUGAGGUGAGAAGUAUCGUACCCCGAGGACGAGAAAUUAUCAACGAGACCGACCUUAGUAACAUGACAUACCUCAAGGCAGUCAUAAAAGAGACACUUCGGUUGCAUCCUGUAGCUCCUCUUCUUGCUCCACACAUCGCCAUGCAUGACUGCAACAUCGACGGAUAUAUGGUCUCUGCUGGGACGCGUGUUGUUGUUAAUACAUGGACCGUCGGUAGGGACUCUAAAUUCUGGAAGGAUCCGAAAGAGUACGUACCAGAAAGGUUUAUAGAUGGUGUACAUGUCAACUUCAAGGGGAAUGAUUUUCAGUUCUUGCCAUUUGGGGCAGGACGAAGGAUCUGUCCUGGGAUAAACCUCGCGGUUGCCAAUAUGGAGCUCAUGGUGGCGAACCUUAUGUACCAUUUUGAUUGGGAGCUGCCGUCAGGGAUUGAGAGAAAGGAUAUUGAUAUGACAGAGAUAUUUGGGCUCACGGUACGCCGCAAGGAGAAACUGCUCUUAACUCCCAAAUUAUGUGUAUAUCCCUAAGACACAUCUUAGGAUGCAUGCGUUGCUACUGAUAUGUUUGGUGCUUUUGAUAUAUAAUUGCCAAUAAACCGUUGCCGUCUUUUAAAGGUUGUAUUUCAGUUCUAAAAGUAUUUAGGUACCAAAAUUGAGUUUAGUUCAUGUAUAAUCCCACUAUUGGGUUUAAAUCAUUUCAGGUGUAAAUCUAGAUUUCUGUUUACAAUGUCAAAGUUCUCCGUA